AUGGCAGCCAUCGUUGAACGAAUUUUUGGUUCCCCUCCUGAAGUCAGUUCUGUCCUCUUAAAUGAUAACACCGGCACCUCAACACAGCCAUUACCGGACACCAAUCCUUUACCCGCAGAUCAACGUUAUCACCAUAUCUCCCAUCAAGGAUUCUCCGAUAAUCUUACCGGCGUCCGAUUAGCAGAACUCGUAACUCGAUUCCUGGAAAACCUGAACACGGAACUAGAUAAUUUAGACAUGGGAACCGAUGAGUGGCUAGAUAUACCAGAUCUAUACACUUUUAUCCAAAACAUCAUAUUCAAUGCCAACACUCGUGCACUUUGCGGAACGCAUAUAUUCGAAGUCGUCCCCACGCUAACCGAAGACUUUUGGAACUUUGAUUCUCAAGUUGCAGGUCCGCUUAAAGGUAUCCCCAGAUUCUUAAUCCCUGGUACUUAUAAGAUUAGAGAUAAAAUGGUUGAGAGUAUUCUUGCAUGGCACAAAUCAGCAGAAGCGCAUAUCGAUUGUGAUGACGAGGAGCUUGAGAAGAAGUCCUGGGAACCAUACUAUGGAUCUAAACUUUUCCGAGACCGAGCUCGUUUCCUUUCUAAAAUCAAUGGUUUUGGUGAUCAAGCUCGCGCGGCUAAUGAUCUAGGUUUGAUUUGGGGGGCAAAUUCCAACAGCAUCCCAGCAAUCGCUUGGUGUAUCCUAGAUAUCCUACAUCGACCAGACCUCCUAUCCCAAAUCCAAUCCGAACUCUCCACAAUCGCAACCCUGCACCAAAGCAAUACCAUCACCCAACAAAUGCCCGACCUCCUAUCAAACCUCCUCCUCCAAUCCAUCUACUGCGAAGAGCUGCGUCUCCGCAACGCCGCCGCAAUCCAACGCAGCACCCUCACAUCAACCUUCCAAAUCGGCCCCUGGAAAUUCCCCCAAAACGCCAUGAUCCUAGCAAGUAUCUGGUACGCCGGCCACGACAAAUCCAUCUGGAACGAAGGUCCCAACAACCAACACGAUGUGGAAUCUUUCUGGCCCGAACGCUUCAUCCUCUAUCCCAAUAAUCCACACAGCGGUCCUAAAAAAUACAACACGGAUAAAGAUAAAGAUAAAGAUAAACAUCCCUCAGAGAGAACCACAAAACCAAAACUCAUCACCGAUGCGGUGAAUGGGUCGUGGAUUCCCUAUGGAGGCGGUCAGCAGAUUUGUCCGGGGAGGUUUUAUGCGAAGCAGGAAGUUAUUGGGAGUAUGGCGGUGUUUUUUUCGAGGUUGGAGGUUGAGUUACUAGGGGAUGGGGAGUCGCCCGUGCCGGAUUUUAGGUACUUUUCUCUGGGCGUUUUGCCUCCGAAGGGUAGGUUCCCGGCGAGGUUGCGGAAGAGGUAG